AAGAGGAACACCGUCUGUUCAUGACCCUGUAAGCUCUCUGUGUCCUGUGCCAUGGCUACUGUUACUAAUGUAACUGCUAACUGCUACUGUACUUCUUGGUUCUCUCCCUAACAGGAAAGGCCCAUGGCCCCGGGUGAUGUCUCUGUGGGUGUCCUCUGCCAUCGUCCUGCUGUCCAUGCUCUCUGCCCCUGCCCUGGCACAGCUGGACCUCAACAGAUUAGAUGGUGACACUGUUUGCCCACCCAUGAGAAAUGGACAAGAUGACCUUCCAGGUUUUGAUCUGAUCACCCAGUUCCAGCUGGACGUCAUCCCCCUGAAGGGAGUCAGGAAAGUGGAGGGUUCCACAUCCCACCAGGUGGCCUACCGGCUCGACAGGGAGGCAAACUUCCAGAUUCCGACACGGCUUAACUUCCCUCGCGGUUUCCCUGAAGAAUAUUCUUUCAUGACCACCUUCCGCAUGAUCAAGAACACUGUCAACAAGGUGUGGAACCUCUGGCAGAUCGUGGACGAAAACGGUGUCAAGCAGGCUGGCUUGCGUCUCAACGGCGACCAGCAGGCCCUGGAGUUCUUCCUGACCACGUUUGACGGCGACCUCCAGACGGUGACCUUCCCCGGCCUCUCCGUCCUCUUCAACACCAAGUGGCACAAGGUCAUGGUGGGCGUGGAGAGGGACCAGGUCACCUUGUAUGUGGACUGCCACCCAGUGGAUCAAAAGCCCAUCAAGGAGAAAGGCUACAUCAAUACAGAGGGUGACACUCUCAUCGGCAGGCUGGAUGCUGACUCAAGCACUUCUGUUGUGUUUGAGCUGCAGUGGAUGCUGAUUCACUGCGACCCUAAGAGAGCCCAGAGAGAGAGCUGCUCUGAGCUCCCACAAACUGAGAUGUAUGCCAAUGCUGAGCCCGAUAGAUCAGUCGUCGGUCCUCCAGGCGUGGCGGGACCAGAGGGGCCCCGUGGGCCUCAGGGAGAGGCUGGCAGAGAUGGCAGAGAUGGUCUUCCAGGCUCAGCUGGUACCCCCGGUGCUAUUGGAAGCAAAGGAGAGCUAGGAGAGAUCGGCCUGCCUGGACAAAGAGGUGUUCCUGGCCUUCCGGGAUCUCCUGGUAUGAUGGGGCCGAUGGGGCCUAGAGGAACUGUGGGUGAAAGAGGACUGCCUGGUUUUCCUGGACCUGCUGGGCCUGCUGGAGCUGAGAAGCCUGGACCUCCUGGUCUCCCAGGGAAAGCCGGCACUCCAGGAGAUGAGGGCAACAUCGGACCUGAGGGCUCACCAGGGCCCAGAGGAGGUCUUGGUCUUCCAGGACCACCCGGACCCCCUGGACCUGUAGGGCCAGCGGGCACACCUGGGAUAGGGAACUCAAUCGAAGAUGGGGAGCCUCAGUGUGAGGCCGCCUGUCCCGCCGGCCCUCAGGGGAUGCCAGGCAUGCCAGGGAUGAAGGGACAUAAAGGUUUGGCUGGUACCGAUGGUGAUCCAGGCACACCUGGAGAGAAGGGAGAUGAAGGACCUGCAGGAGAGGCAGGACCCCCUGGACGCAUGGGAGAUGAUGGUCAAAGAGGGCCUAUUGGAUUUCCUGGCACACUCGGAGAAAAAGGAGAUAGGGGUCCUCCAGGUUACAACGGCAUCCCAGGGCCCACUGGACCACCAGGGUCCCCCGGUGUGGAGGGCAUCAGAGGUCGUCUGGGUCACGAGGGGCCUAAAGGUGAUGAGGGGGCAGUUGGCGCUGCAGGACCAACCGGACCAGUCGGCCCAAUGGGGGAAACAGGAGAGCCUGGUGUCGAUGGCUUGGAUGGAGUACCAGGAGUAAAUGGAAGCAAAGGAGAUGCUGGCACACCUGGACCAUCUGGCGUGAGGGGGAUCGUUGGAAUACCUGGGUUGCCUGGGAAACAGGGACUUAAGGGACCAACUGGGGAUAAGGGUGACACAGGAACUGAAGGAGCAGUGGGACCCAUCGGGCUGGUGGGCAAAACAGGUGAACCAGGAGCAGCGGGGAAAGACGGCGCGACAGGAGCCAAGGGAGCCACCGGUGAGACAGGGAAGCAGGGUCCCGUGGGAGUGACAGGACUUCCUGGCGUCGAGGGAGAGAAGGGUGACAUGGGUGCCAUUGGCCCAAGAGGAAUCAAAGGUCACACAGGACUGAAAGGAGAUCAGGGUGCUAUCGGCCCAAUCGGUCCAAAAGGAAGCAUGGGUGAUACAGGAUUUAACGGAGACUCAGGAGUAAAGGGUGACCAGGGUCCUCCUGGCAUUCAAGGAAUUAAAGGAGAGUCUGGAGAGAAGGGACAGCGCGGGUCCACGGGAGCUGAGGGACGUCCAGGACAGCCCGGUCACGAGGGUGUCACAGGCCCACAGGGUGCUCGUGGCCUGGAGGGAGAGCACGGGAUCGUAGGACCUCCAGGGCCCCGGGGUCUGCCUGGCCCUAAACUUGCUGAUGACAAAAUUAAAGCAAUGUGUGCUGCUGUGGUUGAAGAACACCUUGAGGCAUACAAGAAAGAGCUUGCAAAGAAACCCCUGCCUCUCGGAGCUCCCGGAUCCCCAGGGCUCGCCGGGGCACCUGGGCCUCCAGGCCUGCCCGGUGCUAAUGGAGAGGCGGGUCCCAGGGGGUUCCUGGGUCCUAAAGGACCUCCAGGCUUCUAUGGUUUACCUGGCACACCAGGCACCAAGGGUGAUGCUGGAGUUAAAGGAGACAAGGGAGAAGAUGGCGUGGGCACCAGAGGAAGCCAAGGAGAACCAGGACCUCAAGGAGAGGAUGGCAUCCCUGGUGUCGGUAAAGAUGGCAAAGAUGGUGCCCGCGGCGAGCAUGGAUCCGCCGGCCUUCCAGGCCCACCGGGCACCCGAGGAGCCACAGGUGCUCCCGGCCUCUGUGACCCCUCAAACUGUUUUAGACCCCAGCCCCUCUACCUGAUGAGUGGCAAAAAACCCUACAACGUCAAGGGCCCCUGAACGCCGCAUCACGUCUCGGAUAAGCUUCGUCACCAUCAUCAUCAUCGUCCUCACAGUAAACAGGAUGAAGAGGAUGUGGAAAUCCAUCCCAUGAGGAGAAUCUCAAGAUGUCUCCACAUAACACAAGACACAGUGAACAUUAAACCAGCCAGAUAAACUGUAGCUUUUACACAUUAGUGUGAAUGCACUUCAUUUCUUAAAAUGUGUUCAGUGCAUGGAAAGGAUAUUGUUUUAUGUAUAUACUGUAGAAAAAAAUAAGGGUAACACUUUACUUAAACUCAGUAUUUAUAAAGCAUUACAAACAUAUUUAUAAAUGUUUAAAAAGUCUUCAUAAUGUAUCAUAGCGUUUGACAUAAGUCAGUAUAACUCUUUAUAAAUAGACAUGACUGCAUUCAUAAAGCGUUACGAUGUUGUUGUAUAAGCCCUACACAACUAUUAAUAAUCAGUGCCAUUAUCAAGAGGUAAAAGAAGCUUUAUUGCCCAUUCUGAUAUUUCAAACUCUAAGAGCUUAUAUUAUAACUUUGUAUCGUUUUAUAAAUGCAGACAUUUCUCGGUACAAGUAGUUAUAUAGAUUUAUUUCAAUCAUUAUGAGGCAUCAGGAUUACUUAAUAACCCUUUAUGAAUGUGUUUAUAAUGCUUUAUGGAUACUGGCUAAACUAUUGGUGAUUAAUCAAGAUUACCAGUCAACAUUGAAUGAACACUUUACAGUAUUGCAGUAGUAUCUGAAUAGAAUUAAAACCUUCGACAUGAAACUGAGUGAAUGAAAUAAAUGAUUCACACUCAACCUACUGAAUCAUGGGAACCUUUGAAGAAUACAAAGACAGAGUUGCAUCAGCGUAGAUCAAAUUUAACAUCAGCUCCCUCAGUUCUUCAACUAAGAGCACCUCACAGGAAGUAUCGCUAAUUAUGCUAUUCCCACAUUGGCUUACUAAAUGAAUAGCUGGUACAUGUGGUCUUAUAGAAAGAGUAAUGAUUUGGCAAAACCCUGGAGUACUUAACUACAUCAUUCUUCACCACUCUUUGUAGUUACUAUAGAAAUGUGGAUAAAGAAAAAAAGUAUGAUUAGUUGUUCUCUGUGUUAGUAUUUAAAAGAUGUCCUUUAAAAACCAUAGAGCCGUGUCACAAAAUUGGCUUACCUUCAGAAACUAUGCUUUUUCUAGUUUUUCUUUUGUAAAAAAGGAAAAUAAAACUUUUUUUUAAUUUGUGUGAAA